AUGCAAAACAAUAAUUUAAUAAAUCAAGAGUUAGGCAUGUUUUCCUAUAAAGACCCUGAAUUAUGGAACGAUGAAAAUAUAUAUGAUGAAACCCAAGCCCCGUGGUUUUAUCAUAUUAAUAACCUGCUCGAUCUAAAUAAGGAAGACUUGAUAAACAUAAAAAACAUAAUUGAUAAUGAUAAGAAGAGGGGAGUGAUAUAUAAUAGCAUAUUAGAUGUAAUAGAUUUUCAAACAUAUUACGGUAUAAUGCGUAAAAUUAAUAGCAACAUGAACAGUGCGUUGUCGGUUUAUCUAUUUUCAUGUAAAUACUUCUUAAAAAAAUACUCCAAAGAGCCAGAUACAGAUGGAAGGGUUAAAUUUGUUUUCAUUUUUGGAAAUAACACCUCAGAUUUAGACUCUGUAUGCUCUUCAAUAAUAUAUAGUUUUUUUUUAUACAUAUGGUAUAGCUUAAAAGGUAAAAUAGACAAAGGAAGUGAAGAUAAUACAUUGAUGUUUUUUGUUCCUGUUAUAAAUAUUAAAAGGAGUGAUAUGCGUCUUAAAAUUUUGGAGAAAUGGUGGUUAGAAAGAUGUGAAAUUAAAAAUCCAGAAGAAAUUUUAGUUUUUAACGAUAAUGAGCAUUUAUUAAAUGUUCUAAAAUAUGAUUAUAAAUACUAUAUAUGUUUAGUAGACUUUAACAAUUUCGAGGCUAAUAAUAUUUACAAUGGAGAUAAUGUUAAAUCGAUAAUUGACCACCAUGUGUAUAAGGGAACAGGAGAAAACCAUAGAAUAACAAAAUCAAUUUAUCCAAUUUGUGUUUGCAGUUGCAUGGUUAUUAUAUCUUAUUUAUAUAAGCAUUCUAGUGAUUUUCUCGGAGUACCAUUUGUUAAUAAAAGUAUAUUAUGGUUAAUGUAUGGAGCUAUUUUAAAAGAUUCGAAUAACUUUAUAAAACGGGAUUUAGGAAAGCGGUGGAUUCAAUCGGAUUUAGACAUAUUUAUGUCAUUAAAAAAGAAUUUUAAAAUAUCCAAUAAAAUGGACAUUUAUAUAACAUAUCUCUUUAAUACAAUUCGAUUUUCCAUUGAUUUAAAAACAUUUGGCAUCGAAAAUGUGUUAUUUUCUGACUAUAAAGACUAUAAUUAUUUCGUUUCUGAGAAAAAAAUAAAGAUACGAGUGUCAUCAAUAGAUUUUAGCAUAGAUUUCCUAUUUUCUCAUGAAAAUUCGGAUCAAUUAGUCGAAAAAAUGUACAAUCUAUGCUAUGAAAACGAUUUUUCGAUGUUCAUUUUAAUAGGAUCUUAUUUAAAUAAUUAUAAAUUGCAGAAAGAUGUGUCCAUCGUCUUUUACAAAAAUGAUGUAGACAGAGAUGAUUUAAUGAAUACCUUGCUUGUAAAUGAAGAGAUAAAACUUUCGAAGAAAGGAUAUAAAAGCAUAAAAUUUGGAGAUAAUAUUCAAAAUUUUGACAUAUAUCAAAUUAAUAAUCUAAGCUACUCGAGAAAAAGAUUAGAGAAUUUUUUAACUACAUAUUUUUCGUAA